AUGGAUGACACGUCGUUUUUGUCUGGUAUGUCCAACCUCAAUGAGGGCAUUGGUGAGACAACCUACGGCCGCUGCAUUUCUAUCUUCGUGAUCAGCUGCGAGCCCUCACUCGAUGAGCUAGCGGUGCGCCUCGGUGGGCCUGGGUGCCCGUGGGAGACGGUCCACCUCCCUAUGCAGCAACCCGUCGUUCUGUACCGCCACCCAGACGCCCGCGUAGCGCGUCGUGCGACCGAGCUCGCGUUCGCCACAAAGGCGUAUGCCGAGAGCCCCGAAGCCGACGCGGACGACGUGCAUCCGAGCAGGGACAUGGUGGCCAUGGACGUACUUACGAGCACCACCAUCAGCGCCGCUGGCUCGACACUGGCGACAUGUACUGUGUUCGCUGUGCCAGCUAGCGGCCUUGUGACGGAGCUCACCGCCGCUACAGAGGUGCUAGACGGCGCUUGCGAUGCAGAGGUCGCACGCGGGGCCUUACAGCCGCCGCUGCACGUCUGCAUCCAUUGGGUGAUCGGGGAGAUGCUGCCAGGGUACACCCCGCCGGCGGUGGAUGAGACAAAGACUGGAGAGAGUGACGAUGCAGAAGACGAAGGAACGGCCCACGGUUGGGAAGAUGAGAGGGGUGAAAGUGAGGGUAGUCGCGGAGGCGGCGCACCGGCGCCGCUCACCCCUACAGCGCUCGAGAAUGUGGCUACCAUCCCACUCAGUCCAGGGGAGCUGUUGGCGCUAGCAUCUCCGCCUCAGCCGGCUUUCGCGGAGGUUAGUGUGGCGGUAGUGGAGAAGCGGGAUGGCGAGACAACGACACUAGGGGAGGUGCCCGCUCACUCAACUCCUACCCACGACAGCAACAAUGGCAAUGACGCAUGCCCACGCAAGAACCACGGCACGGUAACAGUAGGCAGCGAGGAGGGGCACUGGACCAGCAACGGUGUGACAACAAACAACGAGGGGUCUUCGGCUGCCACACCGCCGGCUGAAAUGGCAGCUGCCACCGUUCAUGACGAAGAAGCAUCAGAUGAGCAGGGUGGCGACGUCGAGAAGGCUUCGGCGGGAGUCUCAGCGCGGAGCAACUCGCCUAUCCUUCUGGGUCCUUUCUCCGCCCACGACGACGUAGUUGCUCCCGCAGUAACGUGGACAGCAGACAGAGACGACGACGGCAGUGGCGCACUUGCACUCGGAAAGGAUGGGCAACCAGUGGCUUCUGCAGCCUUCCCUGCGCUCUCGUCACCCUUGCACUGCAAGACACCGCGUCGCCAGCGCCCGCGCAACUACCGUUCUAGCACUGUUCAGAUGGAGAUGUUCCCGGAGAUGGCUCGAUCGUCACAAGGAGGGGGCGAGCGCGAUGCGACAACGGAGAACUCCGUACAGAUAAGCGAGGACGACGACGACGCGGAAAACGUGGCGCCAGCAAUGGCGCACAUUAGCCCACCCCUGCCGCUACCACCGGCAGAGGAGACGGUUCAGUCUCACGUUGGCUAUUCAGCACCACAGGAGGUGGCGCCGGCGCUGGACUCUGACGUUAUGACGCAUGUUCAAGUCAGCAACGAGGCCGCAGCCUCAUACAACAACGUGCUCACACCGCUUUCCUCAAAUUCCGUGACGGAUGGCGCGCUUGGCCACCAACGGCAGGCGCCACCGACGCUCGAAGCGCAUCACGGCACCACAGUCGCCUUGAAGGCGCCACCCUCGCCACGGCCAACCGUGGAGAACCUAUUCGAGGGGGCCAAUAGCACCGCACUUAUCGUGAUAGUGGGGGUUGUAGCUAUCUACAACGCCAGCGACGCAACAGACCCGCACCGUAUUGUGUCUGUGGAGCUCACGACCGCGUCAGUUGACAAGAGGAACACGCCGGAUCCCCCUGCGCCGCACACAUCCACUUUCUCGUUCUGCACCACGCCGGCCCUGAGAGGCCUAGCGGCGGCGGUCCCGCAAGUGAGCAGACCCGUUUUACUCUUCUCCCGGCGCCAGAGUGAUGCAAAUAGUACUGCUGACGACGACGGCACAGACGUUGCUGGUGCGGCCGCUGAUGUACCCCCUGUUUUGCAUGCAACCUGCACCCUCACAGAGCAGGUUACAUCCACCGAAGAAGGCACGCCAAGUGACUGCACAUGGACGACGCUGUGGACGAGCGCGGCUGAUGUGGCAUCGGGGCACGGAUUGCCAUCCCUGUCGGCGUUCUCUCCGGCAUCCACAUCACCGAUUAGCCUCGAGGUGCGCUUCACCGGCCACAACGGUGACGUGGUCCUCACACAGUGGACGUACAUGACUGUGAGUGCGUAUCGCGACGCGGUGCUGAACCUGCGUUCGUGUGUCCCAGGGAAAGUGGCGCAGCCGGUUCUGCAGAUGCUCCUCAUAGGUGAACCGCGGUCAAAGGCGAGAAAACAAAAGAUGUUGAGCCGCCGGGACCCACUGAUGGCCACUGUGUGGGUGAGUUCGACGUCCUCAUCCGACUCGACGCGCGCCGGCGGCGUUGCGCACCGUGCUGUAGCUGUAAGUACGGCGUACAACAUCGUGCAACAGCCGGUCAGCGUACCACUGCGUGGUCCGCUCGUCUACGUGGCGGUGCAGCCCUCUUCGUCAUCUUCCGUGUGGCAUUCCCAGCCAAUUUUCUCGCGCAUCUUCUCCAGCGUGUGGACGCCUUUGACGGCAUCCCUGCGCGAUGGCGACCUUUGUGCUGACUCUUCUUCAUCUCACGCGGCGGUCUUGUAUUACCGCGUUGUCGACGCCUCGACUGCAGCCGCCGCUGCGGAGUUGUCGUGGUUGCCUGCAUCGCCUCGCGAAGAGCCUGGAGCAUUCCACAAGAGCAGUGAGACGGAAGAACUGCGCGAGGUCACCAUCACAGUUCAGCCCUCCGCGACUUUUAUUCCAGCGUUGCCGCCCUCCACUGGCCGCCAUACGAGCACUGGCAUAUCGACAGUCGCCGGUGAGUCCAACAUGGCUUUCCGAUCUGCCUCAGCGUGGAAUCUCGUUCUCUGUCAUGCUAUGACGCGCGCCGUUCUCGCUGAGGCCUCUCUGGCAGCAGGCGUGCUCACCUACCACUGCUUUCUUCCCGUGUUGCGUGACAGACGCGCUGCGUCUGGAAAGUGUGGCAGUUUGGGUACAGCUAGCAUCAUCCGCCCUGGUGCCUCUUCCGCCAGCGAGGCGGCUUACCUUCCAUGGGAGGUGCUCCUGGUUCCCGCCGCUGGCUUGCCCAAGCGGGACUGUGGAGCGAGUACGCCGUCGAAGCUAGGAGCAGCAGCGAUGCGGCCCAAUACUCGAUCCGCCGCACCGACUACUCCAUCAAGUCGUGACGGAAGUCUUGCUUCGCCGAAAGCCACAAGUGUCGCUGACCCCAACGCGUGGUCGGGCCCCAUGUGGAUUUCUUCCUCCGCGCUGUACGCCGCCCCAUCCACUGGCACGCAGUGGAAGACGUCCAUAUGUGUAUCUUCGCCACCGGCUUCUCUGACGGUGACGGCGCCCACGCUGUGCUCCCCCCCUGCGGCCCUAAGCUCUCAGUUCAAAGUGACGUGUGCUAUUCGUUCCCACACGCUCGGCACCGAUUCCGCCGUGUUUUGUCUGCGCUCGCUGCGCCUCGUACCGUCUUCCGUGCCCUGCGGAGUACAGGCGCCACCGACAGGCGCAUCGCUAUUGUCUCCGUCUCAGGUGCAGUUGUGGUUCACUACCAGCGGCAGCAGCUCAGAAGAGGUGCGCGCUGCCUGGGGAACGGCGGACGUGCCCUCGGUGAAGGUGGUGCAACACGCAUGGGCGCCAACAGUGCCUGCAUCUAGAAGCUACUGCACACCUGCUCUGCACGUAGAUGCCGAGGGUCAGUUGGAGUCCACUGGCUUACCGGUUCUACUCUCAACGACCAACGCGCGUGCGAGGUUGUGCGUGGCGCUGACCACUUCGGCGGAGAUAACGACAGCGUCAGACGGGGCGGCUGACACGGAAGCACUGCGACGAUGUGUUGCGAUGGUGCGCAAGCGUGCAAUUCAUUGCUACAAGAAGAACCACACAUCGUCCAAUACUGAGCAAGGUAGCCAUGAAGGUGAGAAUCAGCAGCGGGCGAAGCCGCAGUUGACGGAGGAGCAGAUGGCAGAGGUGUUUGUGCAGUGCGUCAACGCCGUCGCGAUGAGCGUUGACAACUACGCGGAAGUUGAUCUGAGCCCCUCCCUUGUGGCGGCGAGCGAGCGGCCCGGGAAGACGCGGCACCGACUUCUUCUCAGCUCCGUCAGCGGUACCAUCCGCAUGAGUCAUCAUAUGGUGCUUGAGCUUCAGGGUCAGUGGAUCAAGAUGCCGAGCCGAGUGACGGUGGUGUCAGAGGACUACAUGCCAUCGCCACGGAUGUGGGCCUUGCGGCGCAGCUGCGUCGUGCGGCACCCAGACCUGCCACCGCGAGCUGUGUGCAGCCGUAUGGGCGUUUCAGAGGAGAUUCCACUGACGCAGAAGGCGCUGGAGGCGUAUAUGGGCUACGAUGUGGUAGUGCAAAGUGUACCACUCGACUACACCGAUCCGUCAGAGUACGCCGUGCAGACCCGACUGCCGGGGCUACUGUACGACGAGUUCGUUGUGCAGAUGAAGCAGCAGGAGGAAUGGCUGCGGCCCUACUGCGAGACCGUUCGCAUCGAAUCCUCUGGACCGGUGGCCGCGCCGCUAAGACGAGGAGGCCGCGUUGCAGCAACGGCGGAGGGGUCUGCCAAUGACAAUAACGACACGGCGUUCAAAGAAACUGCAGAGCUGUUUGACAACAUCUUCGGCCCGACCGGGCUUGCCCACGCUUCCUACGUAUCGGGGUCGUCGCGCAAGGUAGCCGUCGUCCAUUUUUUCUUCGGUGACGCCUACACGACGCGUACCGUGCUGAACGUGUCCUGCACGACGUCCGCCGCCGCAAGGGGCAAAAUCGCAAACGUCCCAACGCAGGUCUACGGCAACGGCUACAACCCUCUGCCACUUUCUCCAGGUGGAUCUGUACCAUCAAUGAAGAAAGUCACGGCCGGCAGCGCCGCGUCGUCGUCGUCUUCUGUUCAGGUGCUGUGCGACAGUCUGACCCGCUCUUCGACGCUCUACAGCGUUCUUCCAGCGAGCAUCGCGAUGCACCAGUUCCCUGAUGAGAGCCAUCAUCGUUAUCCGUCCGAACUCACAUGGUAUCACGGUAGUCUCAGCAUCGAGAGCGAGGAGGAACAGCGGCGACGCGAGGAGGGUGAAACGGCAUGGAAGCGCGGUCUGGCAGAGGAGAGGCUGGGCCCGCAUCAAAAGCCGAGCUCACUUGUUGUGUCCGCGAUCACGCAGCAUCCGUACGACUGCCUGCCACUGGUGGUCGAGCCGUCGCUGACGCGGAGUGCAGACGGGCGGUACUACAUCGUCUUCGGCGGUCUCUCGACAACAACCGGGACUGCCUUGUCAAGCGUGUACGUGUUCGACGACACCGUGCAGACGUGGCAGCGGCUGCGCCCGCGGUUGAGCACUUGUGACAUGGUCUCCCUUUCUACCCCUGCGGCGGCGCCGAUGCCUCGCUACGGCCACACGGCCGUCUAUCGCCCUGCUGACGGUGCCAUCUAUGUUUUUGGUGGCCGUGGCCACUGCGAUGGUGCUGCUGCGUUGGUGUACGGCGAUGUGUGGAGGAUGUCGUGGGACGCUGGUGCAGGCACAGUGGCUGCAACAGAGCUGCACUGCACGUGGGCUGACGCACCGUCCGCUGCCGCUGGGGAUAGUGAGAAUCACAUCUCCUUCUCGAUGCUUACCGGUGACUUUGGGGGUAGACUGGCCCGCUGGCGCCAUGCGGCGGUGCUGCACGACGACUACAUUGUGGUGCUCGGGGGUCAGUCCAGCACCGGCGCGUGCUGCUCGUGUGCGGAGGUACUGUACCUCGACCUCACUACGCAGGAGUGGACUGCACGCCGCAGCUUCGGUACCGAGGUGCCGUGCCCACGAUACGGGCUUACCGCGACUGUUGCAAGCGGAGGCGCAGCUCUCUACAUUUUUGGCGGUCGGGGGCACGAACCGAGCAAGGCUGGGCCGCUGAACAGUGUGGCACACUCCGGCAACCCCCCGAGGAGCGAUGUGAACGGUGACGAAGCAGACAGAGAUGAGGAGCAAAGUGUGGUGGCCUUGUCAGAUUUCUUCAAGAUGGACCUCAUCACGCGCAUGUGGAGUCGCGUGGAGCCGAACGGCACCGUGCGACCGCCAGCGCUGGAGCUUGCUGACAUGACUUCGUGCAUCCUCGAUGGCUGUCCCGUGAUCCUGCUCGUUGGCGGCCGCACCAACGACGCCGUGGUAGCGACACCGACAGCGGAGCCGGCAGUCGCGGCGCAGCUGAUGGUGUUUCUCUUCUCCACCGCAACCCUCUUUUGGCGCAUCGUGCGCAUGGACUGCACUCCGGUUGCGGCGCGCUUUGGACUGCGGGUGGUGGCGUCGGCAGUCUCAGCCGAGGCGUUGAGGUUGAGGCGCAAAACUAGGAAUGCACAGCGGGCCGACUCGUCGUGCGUGCGCCGUGCAUUGCCGUCGCGCGGACAGCAUAUAGGCAGCAUUCUUGUCGUCGGCGGGCUGCCACUGGAGGAGGCGGACGUCGCGCAGACGCCACCCGUUAUCUCGGUGCUUCUUGCCGCCGGCAGUGGAAGCGCUGCGGCCAGCCGCUGUGUCGCCAGUGUCUCUCGUGCGAUGGGGGAAUCCCUAUCCUCGCAACAAAGACCUCUCACACCGUGGCCGCCGACAGUGUCGCGUGCUACUGCGAUGCGGCGACCAAUGACCGGCCAGACGCGAACGGCAUCACGCAAGCCACAUCCGCAGCCACCAGGCCAUCACCGCGUGCCAGCCACUGCACCUGGAUGGCCAAAUACAUUCCCGAGCAUACGUGCAGGCGGCGACGGGAGCUACGAGUACUAUGGGGCGGCGGGGGCUCUUGCGCUGUCAACAACAUCCCCCGUUGCUUUCUGCCACUUGGCGGAGCAUUCACCCGGUCCUUCCUCAGUGUCAGGGCGUGCCACCACUGCGCCAACGCCCUUGGGCCCCCAUCAUCAUCCGUCGUGCUACAGCACCCUAACACCCUGGCAGCAGCGCCAACUUGUUCGGCGACUGUACACGCAAGGCAUCGAAAAACGUGCUGUCGUUCGCCAGCAGAUGCAAGCCCAGGUAGAUAAAGAGCGCACCACACCUGCCUUCCGCGCUAACAGGAGUUGCAGACGCUCCCCUGGCGUUCGUCGUAGCUUGAUACAGGCUGGGCAGCUCUCAGCGCCGUUGCACCGCCUACCUAAUGGCACAACCGCGGCCGUGAGCGAGGCGUCAAUGCUGCCAGCAGCUCAGAACACGAUCGCGGCCAACGUCGGCGAUUGCGCCAACGUUUCACUGAGUCACCGGAACUUGCCGAACGCCUUUCACGUGCGCGUCCGCAGGAGCGGUAGUACCAGCUGCAGUAGUAGUCUGACGACGUCUAGCAGCAUUCGCAGCAGCGUCUCUAGCUGCGGUGAUUCGGAGUGGGACGCUGAAGUUGUGGAGCUGCCCCCGGAAAACGCCUCUUCGACGGGCCUCUCGGGCAAGGGUGACAAGUCGGACAGCGAAUGUGCGAAGAAUGUGGAGGAGGAGGAGGCAGGUGCUGAGGCUUCUGAAGUAGAAUCAGUUGCAUCCGAGCCAGGCGACGCGCUGGCAGGCACUGCUGCGAUACUGCAUGACAACUCCGCAAAAGCAGCACAGAAAGAGGCGGUAGUGGCAGAGAAUGAGUCUGAAGCGAGCAAGUCUUGGGAGGAAAACGACGACCACUUCGAAAAUGCAUCAUCGGGGAACUCUUCGGCGAUGCUGCAGUCGCGAAACGCCGUGGUGACCUCCACGGGCGCCACAGUGCUGAUCCCGAUGCUGUGGUAUGUCCCGCCGGCUGACAUGGAGAACGAGGAGGAGAAAGUGGAGGGCGAGGAGGACGAUGCUUCUGUAGCCACGUCUUCGGAGGCUUUCGCGGCACCUGUCGCGUCGAGUCCGUCGCACACGGAUGAGGUGUCCCCAGAUGCAGAAGUGGAGGAAGAGAAGUCGCGCGAGGUCGAGCAGCAAGCACCUGAGGAGCCGGCUACACCGCCUCUAGCGCCGCUGGUGGCGAACGGGAACGCUGUCGCUGGUAAUGAGGCGGCCGCCACCCCGAUUUCGCUUGAGACGCGGGAAGAAGAGGAUGAGGUGAACUCAAUGGAGAAGGACGAUGACUACGCCGAUGCCGACUGGGAAAACAUCUCGAAAGCAGAGGAAAGCGACGACCACGAGGACGGAGUCAAGUCCGAAAGCAGCGCAGAAAGUUGCACCGCCAUUCGCGAGGUGGUGGAGGGGUCGCAGGAGGUUCUGACCCCGCUACUUGCACCACGCGAGCACGCCACACUGCUGUUGUCGCCACUGCCACAGGAGGCAUGCUACAUGUCGGAACCCACCGACCACGAAAUGAGCAGUGACAGGGUCACGGAAAGUGUUGAUGAUGCGAAAGUCGCCGCGGUGCCGGUAGAGUUGUCGGAAGUAGCGACGACCUCGUCGCUUUCCUCACCUACUGAAGCUGCGGCACUGCCGAGCUCGAACCCUGACAGUUAUGCCCACGGAAGUGAUGUGGCAGAGAAACCUUUUGGUGCCUUCUCUGAGGAAGCUGACUUUCCCAACAUAGCAGAUGAGGGAGAUGGCAUGUCCUCUCGUGCCUCGUCAUUGACAGAUGUCCUCGCAGUCGUCGUACCGGCUGUGGAGGCGCCGGCAGCACCUGUCUCUUCACUUCAGAGCUUGCAUGCGGGUGAUGAGCAGGACAAUAGUGAGGUGUCGUCCUCGCCUGCAGUGGGAACGCCGCAUCUGGCAGCAGUGGAGGAGGACGAUAAAGCCAAAGCGGUGUUGGAAGAGUCUCAACAGAACACCGACGCUGUAGUGGAGCAGCUGCCUGCGACAUCGCUCACUCCUUCGAGCACGUCUUUCGCUGUGCCGGAUCCGGCCGCUGAGUCGCCUAUGCCUGCUUCUUUCUCCUACAACCGAGGGGACUCGAUUCAAGGGGCGGAGGCAGAAGCCCUCCACACCACUGCAACGCCACCGCAGGAGGUGGUAGGACUGCCCCUGGCAGGGCCUGCGGACAUCGGCGAUGGGGAUGCCAGUGAUGAGGUAGAGACGCCUAUCGAUGAAAGCGAGGCUGCCACGCCCCCUCUGGUGGCGGAGCAGCCAGAGGAGAGGGCGCGUCUAUCUGACGUGAGCGGCGGCGAGGAUGUCGUUGCCGCCAAUACUGCACAGCCCUCUGACCAGCAGCGAAUAACGCCGCCGCCUUCUAUUCUCUCAGACGCGCUGGAGGGAUUGGCAGGUGUGCCCAGUUUGCUUGCCCUCUCAGUUGCUAAUGAACACGUCGACGACGCUGGCGAGGCUACCACUUCUCCUCCCGCGCAUGAGGAGCCGGAACAGAUCGUGAAGGAGGAUGCCUCUGCGUUAGAACUGGAGGGAUCGUCGUGGGGCGACCAGGCUGACGGCCCUGCGGUCGAGGCUGUGCCAGCAAAAGAUCGAUCCGACGCGGAACACGAGGAGGAGGAUGCGGAAGAGCUGCCCUGCCCGGGCAGCAAGGCCGAGGUGGAAGAGAGCCAGUACACCGAGAAGCUGCAGGACGACAGCGACCUUAGCGAGCUGUCCGGCGUGCAGGACGGUGCUGUGAAAAGUGGCGUAGCAGCAGCAGCAGAUGUGAACAAAGAGGCGGCCAAGCAGUCUUCCGCCGCAAUGAUGCAGUCGCGACAUGGUGGGAUGUCGAUGGGGGAGGAACAGGUCGACGCCCCGGUCACCGCGUCAGCAACUGUGUCAUCUGUGCACAACGACGGCGACUCGGCGCUGUCCACGCCAGCUGCCUCACCGGGAGAGGAAAGGGAGUACGGCGACUGGGAGGGGCUGAACGAAGACUCGGGCCGUGCUGCAACGUUUUCCAAUGUGGAGGACGCUGUGGCUGCAAAGCAGUCGGUGAGCGCGUUCCCCAUGCCGACGCACGAGGAGACGCCAGACAGCUGGAGUGAACUGUCGCCCGCGGAGGAGGACGCGCCCCUGCAGGAGAAUCAAUUUGCACCGGGCUCAGCGGAGUCCUCCAAGUCCAAGAAGGAUGACGUCGUUCUGCUGUCGGAUGAGGUGAAUGCCUGGGAGCUGUCCACCCCUGCCGCUGCCGCGUCGACGUACUCGAAGGAGGAGACGCCAGCGACGCAAGCCAACGCAUCUCUGCCACCGCAGGUCGUGGCGGAGGACGCCUAUGAGGAGCCUGACACGCAAGCCUCAAGUGAAGAGGAGGUGGAAGGAACUACUGUGGAGCUGAACGACGGUCGAGAUCUGCUCGACCGUCGUCGCGGUGUAGUGGAGACGCUACAGGAGGACGAUUUCGACUUUUAG